AUGACUAUCGACCAGGAUUCCAUCGUCUCCAAACUGAAAGAUAUUUCUAUGUUGGAUCAUGCUGAAGAAAGCGAAGAUGCCACCGAUAAACAUCAUGCAACGGAGCAUGACCAUCAAGCCGUCGCAGGUCUCCUCUCAGAGCGAGAGAGUGAGGCUUGGCAGAGAGCCAUAGAAAAGGUCAUUGGUUGCGUCGUGUCCAUCAAAUUCUCACACCCUCACAACUUCGAUACGGAAAUCGCAAAGACGAGUGAAGCAACCGGGUUUGUUGUCGACGCAGCAAGAGGUCUUGUCCUUACUAACCGACAUGUUGUUGGUCCUGGACCGUUCUCGGGAUACAUCGUGUUUAAUAAUCAGGAAGAAGUUGAUGCAUAUCCUAUCUACCGCGACCCCAUCCAUGAUUUCGGCUUCCUCAAAUUCGACCCCAAGGCGGUCAAGUACAUGGAGCUCACCGCCAUGGAACUACGACCUGAUCUUGCUAAAGUCGGGACCGAGAUCAAGGUCAUUGGCAAUGACAGUGGUGAAAAGCUGGGUAUUUUAUCUGGAUUCAUCAGUCGUCUUGAUCGGAAUGCGCCCAUCUACGACGGGUACAUGGACUUUAAUACUUGCUACUUCCAGGCGAACGCCUCUGCAGCUGGUGGAAGCUCAGGCUCUCCAGUUGUGAAUGUCGAUGGUUAUGGCAUUGCCCUACAAGCUGGUGGACGCUCUGAUGGCUCAACCGAUUACUUCUUGCCCCUCGAUGGUCCGCUGAGCGCACUGAAGCAGAUACAGAACGGCGAAAAGGUAAAGAGAGGUGAGAUACAGACCGUGUUCAAACUCAAACCUUUCGAUGAGUGUCGAAGACUUGGACUUAGCCCUGAGUGGGAGGGUGUGCUCCGCAAGUCUUUCCCUGGGGAAAACAACGUGAUCGUCGCUCUUGACGUCCUGCCUGAGGGACCCUCGGAUGGUAAAUUGAUGGAGGGAGAUAUUCUCAUCAAAAUCAAUGGGGAACUCGUCACCCAAUUCCUUCAUCUUAAUACCAUCUUUGAUGAGAAUAUCGGCAAGACUAUUCGAUUGCUUGUGCAGCGCGAUGGAGAAGAUAUCGAGGAGGAUAUCGUCGUCCAAGACCUGAAUGAAAUCACGCCCAGUCGCUUCGUCACUGUCGGAGCAGCCUGUUUCCACGACCUCUCCUAUCAAAUCGCCCAGAGAUACGUCCUUCCUUGUCGUGGGGUCUAUGUCAGUAAGGCUGGUCCUUUGAACCCAACACGCGACAAUUACAUUAUGGUUGAUAGCGUCAACCACAAGAAAACGCCAAACCUCGACGCCUUUGUAGAGGUUCUGAAGGAUAUUCCUGAUAGAGCUCGAGUUGCUAUCAAAUAUUGGUACGCCUGGGAGCGUCACACUGUACGGACGGCCGUGGUCGCUAUUGAUCGACAUUGGUUUCAGAAGAUGAAGAUGUUCACCAGGAACGACACAACAGGCGUCUGGGAUGUUGAGAUUCUUGCCGAGCCUUUACCUGCUGUUCGGCCAGUUACUCUCAGUGCGUCGUUUGACACACUAGAACACAUCCCACUUCGAGCUGUUGCCGAUAUUGUGAAGAGCUUUGUUCACCUCAAGUUCUCUGCACCAGUUCUUAUCGAUGGCCAGUCAACGCGCGUUAAGCUCGGUAUGGGUCUUGUCAUCGAUGCCGAGAAAGGAUAUGUGAUCAUCUCCAGAACUAUCGUUCCGACCAAGAUGUGCGACAUCGAACUGACAUUCGCCGACUCGGUUCUUGUCCCCGGAAAGGUCAUUUUCCUCCACCCGUGCCAUCACUAUGCCAUCAUCCAGUACGACCCUAGUCUGGUGGACGCGCCAGUCAAGAGUGCAAAGUUCAGUACAGAGCGUAUUUCACAAGGAGCCGCGACCUUCUUUGUAGGUCACAACGACUGUGAUGAGAUGGUAUAUGCUUCGACAGCCGUCACCAAAGUCAUCCCGCUUGAGAGAGAGCCCCCAAACCCACCUAGAGCUCGGCCGAUCAACGUCGAUAGAAUUGACGUGGAGACUAGAAUCGGCAAUCAUUGUGGAAGCGGAGUUCUUAUUUCUGAAGAAGGCAUUAUUCAGGCACUCUGGGUCAUUUACGAAAAUGAGGAUCUUGACGAAGCUUGCUUUGGUUUGAGCUCCCAGGCCAUUGCCCCGAUUGCGGAAAAGCUUAGCCAGGGCAUUGUGCCCAGCCUUCGAAGCCUUUUUGUGGAGUUGGAAGCAGUCACAAUGAUCGAAGCCAGAGUUAUGGGUGUUUCUGAGGAGUGGAUAGGACAAGUCCAAAGCAAGACCUCGGAUCGCCGUCUCUUCAUGGUCAAGCGGGGUUCUAGCCCAUUGCCCGAUCAGCUCCGAGAGGGAGACGUCCUUCUUACGCUGAAUGAUAAGCUCGUCACUCAAAUCUCCGAUCUCGAUGUCAUGUAUUGGAACGAAUCGCUGGAUGUUGUAGCCGUGCGUGGCGGUGAGCAAAUCAGCUUCAAGGCCGAGACUGUUGUUGAAGACGAGUACGAAACAUCACGAGUCGUCAACUUCUGUGGCUUAACUGCCCAGAAGCCUCAUCGUACUGUGCGGCAGUGUAUCAGGAAGUUACCGAGCGAGGUGUACAUCACGAGCUGGCUGAUAGGAGCACCGGCAAAUCUGUACAACGUGUACGCAACGACCUUUAUUACUCACAUCAACAACAAGCCCACACCCGAUCUCGAGGCAUUGAUGCAGAUCAUUUCUAGUAUUCCCGACAAGACAUACUUCAAGAUCAAAAUGACGGACUAUUCAGGAACUCCAUCCGUAGUCACCAUCAAAAAGGAUGAGCGCUACAACCCAACUGUGGAUUGGGUUACCGAUGCUUCGCAUGCAGAGGGUUGGAGAAGAAUUACGUACGAGGAUGGCAAGGCUGUGCAGGGCGAGGGCCUAUACGGCAUUUCGCUGUAA